GUACAGGUACAUAUACGUGUAUUAAACGGAAUAUUUACUAACUAUAAUGAGAUAAAUUAUCAUAAUUAUCGCAUAGUUCUUUUCCUCGAUUUUAGAAAUUCAUCCUCUCGGAAUGAAUUAUCUAGAUCAUAAUAAUUCCUAUGUAGCUUAAAUUAUAUUAAAAUAAAAUACAAAGUCUAUUUUCAUAUCAAAUCAUAAAUAGAUAUGCAAUACUUCUAAAACACCAUUUUAAUUCAUGGCUUUGAGAGAUGGGCAUAUCUUAUCCUCAAAGUUUAUAGAGGCACAAAAUUACAAUUCAAAAAAAGAAAACACCGAAAUUUAUAAGUAAUAAAUUGCACAUUCUACUCGGAAGAGAAGAACAACAAAGAAAAGAAAGCCCAAAAAAAAUCUUCUACAGGGAGCAAAGGAAAUAGAAGAGUAAUUUGCUCCCCUAAAAACCAUAAAAAAGAGUAAAGACCAUAUUUUUUCUCUCCUCCUCUCUCGAUUAUAUCUCGCCGAACCCUUUCAAUUCGCAGUAGCCCUCCCUCCCUCCUCCAUUCCCGUCGCUUCCGCCGGAAAAUCGAGAGGAAAACCCAGGAAAGGCGAAGGAAAAGGGGAAGAAAAGAAGAAGAAAACCCACAUCUGCUUUGAUUUGAUUUCUUACCAUGAGGCCGCAGAAAAGGCCGAUCCACAUGCUGACGACAUGGGUCCGGCGGCAGCCACCCAAAGUCAAGGCCUUUCUCGCCGUCGUAGCUGGGAUGGCGGCUCUAGUCCUCCUCCGCUUCAUCGUCCACGACCACGACAACCUCUUCGUCGCGGCGGAGGCCGUCCAUUCCAUUGGCAUCUCUGUUCUUAUUUACAAGCUCAUGAAGGAGAAGACUUGUGCAGGGCUUUCACUAAAGUCACAAGAACUGACGGCUAUAUUCUUAGCGUUUAGGCUGUACUGUAGCUUUGUCAUGGAGUAUGACAUACAUACCUUACUAGAUUUGGCUACACUGGCGACCACUCUGUGGGUUAUCUAUAUGAUCCGCUUCAAGCUGAAGUCUAGCUAUAUGGAGGACAAGGACAACUUUGCGCUCUAUUAUGUGCUGGUGCCUUGUCUUGCGUUAGCUGUGUUCAUUCAUCCAACAACCUCGCAUAAUCUGUUCAACAGGAUUUUCUGGGCUUUCUGUGUAUACCUGGAGUCUGUUUCUGUGCUUCCUCAGCUGCGAGUGAUGCAGAACACCAAGAUUGUUGAACCAUUCACUGCUCAUUAUGUCUUUGCACUUGGAAUUGCAAGGUUUCUGAGCUGUGCUCACUGGGUUCUCCAGGUUUUGGAUAGUCGUGGACACUUGCUGGUAGCCUUGGGAUAUGGAUUGUGGCCAUCUAUGGUUCUUAUCUCAGAAAUCGUGCAGACUUUCAUUCUUGCUGAUUUCUGUUACUACUACGUGAAAAGUGUGUUCGGUGGCCAGCUGGUUCUACGCCUUCCCUCCGGUGUUGUAUAAGCAGAGAAUGUUCGUCGCUGCGGUUGAUGCUUGCCUUCACAAUUAACUUAUGCAUGCCAUCGCUGCAAGUCUGCAACCUCUCUUCUGUUUCCCACACGGGUUUUUCGUUAUUACGACGUCUCGAACUUGAAGUAGAGUGGGGGAUUUUUGUAAAUUAACACUGCCAAAAACUUAGUUGGCUAACUGUAUUGAACAUAAUUUUCAUAGCUGAAAUUAACUUUAUUGCGUCAAAGACAGUGUCUUUUGUAGUUGAAUGCAUAUUGACAGUAAACCAGUUACUUAUCA